UCAGACAUGUGUGAGCAGGCAGCCCGGUACUGCAGGGACAGCGUCCACAAGCUCCUGCAGCAGCAGCACUCACAGGCCCGGGGACUGGACGGUCUGCUCCGCUGGAUCGUCACCAAGAUGAGCGACAAGAGUGAGAGAGAGCUGCGGGGAGAGGAGGAGGUCACCGGGCUUCAGGGCAGCGACAUGCCGGGCACCAGGAGGGGCAUCUCGGUGAUACUGGAUAUCUUCCGCAGGGCUGAUAAAAAUGAUGAUGGAAAGUUGUCUCUCGAUGAGUUCCAAACAUUUUUCUCGGAUGGAACACUUAACGAGGAGGAACUUGAAAAACUGUUCCAUACUAUUGACUCGGACAACACCAAUAAUGUGGACACCAGGGAACUCUGUGAUUACUUUGCAGAUCACAUGGGGGAUUAUGAAGAUGUUCUUUCCUCUUUGGAGACCCUCAACCUGUCCAUACUGAAGGCAAUGGACUACACCAAGAGGGUGUAUGAAAGGGGAACCAAUGUGGACCAGUUUGUGACACGUUUUCUACUGAAGGAGACUGCCAAUCAGAUUCAGUCGUUGCUCAGCUCAGUUGAGAGUGCUGUUGAUGCGAUAGAUGAACAAACAAAUCAGAUUAGGCACUGCCACAAUAAGACUGGACAGGGGAUGAUAGAUGGUUGGUAUGAGGACUCAACGCCCACCUACCCAGGAAGCAGGGCUAUAACCAAAGACCUGAGGAAGAGCAUCAAAAGUAGCUCAUCAGACAUUAAGGAGGAAGGUCUGGAGGCUCAGAUUAACCGACUGGCCGAACUGAUCGGAAGACUGGAAAAUAAGACACUGUCAUUCGAUUUGCAUCAGAGACUCUCUGACAGUGAAAAUACCUCUACUGUGUAUCUUUUCUUGGUGCGGCAGGAAAUGAAAGUUUCCCAGAAGUCCGUGGGAGAGUUUUGCAGUUCCCUGAAGCAGUACCUAAAGAAUGUGUCUAGCCAGGGAGAAUGCUUUCAUGUAACUGCAGUACGACUACCAGAUGCCGUUACGUUCAUUGUGUACGAGUUUUGGGACACAGAGGAGGAAUGGAAGAGGCACUUACAAAGUGGACCAUGUAAAGCGUUCCAACAUGUCAAGGUCGAUGCUCUAACGCAGCCUGAAGCAGUUUCUAGUGUGUGCGUGCCAGCUGCCUGGUGUACCUUAAGCAGAGAUUGACAUCGCUCUUUGGAAAGGCAGCCCCGAAGUCGGCUGUAGCAUCAGUUACCCACUGAGCCUUGUCUCUCCAUUCGACUUGAAGCCCUCGUAAUUUUCUGGACGAGAUGCAUCCAACUACUUUGUACUAAGUGCUGUCUUUUAAAUCCACUUAGUGGGGAAUGUAUUUGCUUGUAAAAGGGAAACUCCUGUAACCUUUCCUCUUUAACCCCCAAACAAUUGCCUCAAAAGAUCUAUGUUUGAAUGGUUCCUCAUUAGAGGCAAACAAAUAAAAAAUACUAAAAAAACACAAACAAAAAAAAACUUAGUUUUGUAAACUUUGAUUGAGGGUAGACUGCAGACUAACACCUGUUUAAGAUAGGAGCGGAUGGUACACUAUUCUACAAUAAUUUCCUCCCACCACCAGUUUUAGAGAAGAAACGUGCUCAUGGUCUACAACAUAUAAACAUCACCUUCUCUGCUUUUGGAUUCAAUGAAAUGUAAAUUGUAAUGUCUAGUUCCUACUGCCUAAAAAGUCUUAGCUACCCAGGUCAAGUUAAAUGGUCCUAGAUUUGUCCUGUUCCUUUAUUCCUCAGGUCACCGUUUUACCUUCUGGCAGUAGACGGAACCCCGCUGUUUUUUGUUUUGUUUUAUCUCCUAACGGUGCAUGGUUUAGAUUAGACGUUCAGUGCUCAGGGGAGCCUCAGUAUCUGCUCCCGUGUUAUCCGGUAACACGUUUUUGUUUUGUUUUUUAAUCAGUAGGACUGAGAUAUGCAGACGCUUAAUGGAAUGUUAAAUUUUUUCAAUGUAAUGUUUCCUAUUCUAUAACUCUAUAUGUAAACAAAUUACUAUUCGUAUGGGUUUUACUGCAAUGCAGGAUGCUAGGAAAUGCUAUUUUAAAGUAACGAUUUAUUAUAGGAUAUGUACAGCAGAUAAUAUACCUAAUAAAACUCAUAUAAGGUUUA